AUGGCCGGGCAAUACAUCAACCUGUGGCUGCCUUCGCUGAGUUUAUGGUCCUGGGCACAGACGCACCCAUUUAUGAUCACGUCGUGGUCUCGGGCAGACCAGGAUGUGUUAGAUCUCUUGGUAGAGCCCCGUGGAGGGCUCACUAAAGCUCUUGUCCGCCAGGCGCACGCAGCAGCAAAGGACAACUUCUCUUCUUUGGCCCUUUAUAGCGGCCCCCACGGGAUCAGCGAGUCUGUGGAUAAAUACGAGAGCGUCCUGUUGGUAGCAAGUGGGGCAGGUAUUGCCGCUAUCAUUCCUUAUGCAAAGAAAUUGAUCCACGGUUAUAACACGUGCACAUCGCAUGUCCGCAGGGUGCACUUGAUAUGGCAGGUAGAAUCGCUUGAUGUUGCUAUAUCUAUGCAAGGCCUCCUGAACGGUUUGUUAAAAGACGAUGUGCUAGAUGAUGGCUACAUACUUGCCAUAUCUGUCUACGUUGGGCGAGGGCCUCUCACACAUGAAAAACUGCCCUUUGGCAAGCACGAACGAGCUUUUCUAUACCAGGGCGCUCCGGACUAUUCAAUCAUCAUUCCUACGGAGGUUUCCGGUGAAAAAAUCGAAAGACUCCCCAAUAUCCGAGACGAGAGAGGCCAAAUGCUAUUGAUCGCUUCCACCUCGGGACAUUUGCGAGAUACUCUGCGAAAUAUUGUCCAAGGAUAUUUACACCAACGCUUGCAAAUGAUAGAACUCGAGUAUCAGCUAUAA